AAAACGAGGUCGUCCCGUAGCCAGAUAGAAAAGUAUAGCGAACAGUGAGAGUAAGUAAAAUUGCGUUUUCGUCAACUUUCAAUUCCAAUCUGUCAAACGCACUCAUCGCACCACACUUUUAUUCCCCAUUCCCAAAAAGCAAAAGUAAACAACAAAAACCACUAAAAAAUAAUCGUUGUUUCCAAUAAGCUAUAAUCAAAAUCAAAAUUCAAAACAACGCUAAAAGUUAGGAGAAUCGCGUCUGGAGUAAAAGAUGGAGAUUUCGACUCCCAGCUCUUCCAAACAUCUGUCAAUUACACCCAGUUCUAGGGUUUUGAGAAGCCCUCUUUCCGAUGAACAGAUCUGGAAGCGCCUUAGAGAUGCUGGCUUUGAUGAAGAAUCGAUUAAGCAUAAAGAUAAAGCUGCACUUGUUUCUUACAUCGCUAAACUUGAAGCUGAGAUAUAUGAUCAUCAGCAUCACAUGGGCCUUCUCAUAUUGGAGAGAAAGGAAUUGGCCUCCAAGUAUGAACAAGUUAAAGCCACGGUUGAAUCAUUUGAGUUAGUGCAUAACCAUGAUUCGUCCAGGAAUAAAUCUGCAUUAGCUGAAUCAAGAAAACGAGAAGAAUGUUUGAAGAGGACAAUAGGCGUCAAAGAUGAAUGCAUAGGAAGUCUUGAGAAAGCCUUGCAUGAAAUGCGUACGGAAUGUGCUGAAACAAAGGUUGCAGCUGAGAGUAAAUUAGCUGAAGCACACCAAUUGAUAGAUGAAGCACAAAAAAAGUUUACGGAGGCUGAAGCCAAAGUGUGUGCUGCGGAAUCUUUGCGAGCAGAUGCUAAUCGUUAUAACAGUGUUGCAGAAAGGAAGCUUCGUGAUGUUGAUGCGCGUGAAGAUAACCUCAGGCGGCAAAUUAUAUCUUUCAAAUCAGAUUGUGAUGAAAAAGACAAGGAGAUGGAUCUUGAGAGGCAAUCUCUCUCUGAAAGGCAAAAGGUUUUGCAGCAAGAACAGGAAAGGUUACUUCAAUCACAAACCUUGCUCAACCAGAGAGAGGAUCAUCUUUUUAGUAGAUCUCAAGAACUAAAUCGUCUUCAAAAAGAGUUGGAGGACACAAAGUUUAAAAUUGAAAAGGAACAUGAAGCCCUCAAUGACAAGAAAACCAGCCUAAAACUACUGGAGGUCACCCUUAUACAGCAAGAGGAGGCACUCACAAAAUGGAAAACUGAGCUUAGCAAGAAAGAGCAAGAGUUGCUUGAAUUUGAAGUGAAACUUUCUAAUAGAGAAUCUGAUGAAACUCAGAAAGUUAUAGCAGAACAGGAAGCUGCAUUGAGAACUAGAAAACAUGAUUUGGAAGUUGAGCUACAAAUGCAGCGCAAAUCAGUUGAAAAUGAAAUUGAGACAAAGAGACGGGCUUGGGAAUUGAAGGAAGUUGAUCUUAGACAACGGGAGGACCAAAUCCUGGAAAGGGAACAUGAGUUGGAAAUUCUGUCAAGAUCACUGAGUGAGAAGGAGAAAGACCUAGUGGAACAGUCAACUGCUCUUAAAGAUAAAGAUCAAAGCCUUAGAGCUGCUGAGAAGGAGUUUGAACUAAACAAAACCCUUUUGCAAAAGGAGAAAGAUGAUAUCGAACAAGCCCAUAAAGACCUGCAGGAGUCUUUGGCAUCUUUGGAAAAUGAAAAAAGACAAGUUGAUAACGCGAAGGAGAGAUUGGAGGUCAUCCAAAGUGAAACUGGUGAUUUGUCAAUUUUUGAAGUGAAACUAAAGGAAGAGAUUGAUCUUGUAAGAUCUCAAAAUUUGGAGCUUUUGGCUGAGGCGGAUAAGUUGAAAGCUGAGAAGGCCAAGUUUGAAGCUGAGUGGGAGCUUCUUGAUGAAAAAAAAGAAGAGUUGCGGAAAGAAGCAGAAUUUAUAGAAAAUGAAAGGAAGACUGUUUCCAAUUUUAUUAAGAAUGAGCGCGACAAGCUAAGAGAAGAAAAAGAAAAUUUGCGUAAACAGUACACCCAUGACUUGGAGUCACUUUCUAGUGAACGGGAAAAUUUCAUGAAGAAGAUGGCACAUGAACAUGCUGAGUGGUUUGGCAAGAUGCAGCAGGAGCGAGCGGAUUUUCAGAGGGAUAUUGAAAUGCAAAAAAGGGAGUUGAAUAACCUAAUUGAGAAGAGACGGGAAGAAGUGGAAAGUUAUUUGAAGGAAAGAGAAAAUGCUUUUGAGGAAGAGAAGAAUAGGGAGCUUCAGUCUAUUGAUGCUCUUAAAGAGAAAGCAGCAAAAGAAUUGGAACAAGUUUCCUUGGAAAUGAAAAGGCUUCAAACUGAGCGGACUGAGAUAAAUUUGGAUCGUGAGCUAAGAAACAAAGAAUGGGCUGAACUGACGGAGUGCAUCAAGGAACUUGAGGUUCAAAGGAGUAAACUACAAAAACAGAGGGAAUUAUUGCAUGCUGAUAGAAUUGAUAUUUUUUCUCAAACAGAAGAAUUGAAAAAGUUAGAAGAUUCAAAAGUCAUCUCUGAUGACCUUGCGAUUGUUGAGAUGCUUAAAUCUGAUAUGGAAUAUAACCAACAAAAAAUAUCUUCUAUGAAAAAUUUUAAACAUCAGAGUUCCUGCAAGGACGUGGAUGUUGAUAACAUCAACAAUGGGUUUGAUACUCCAUUUGUGCAGAAGUCAUCAGGGGUUUCUCCUCAUAGUGCGGCUCGUUUCUCGUGGAUAAAACGAUGCAAAGAACUAAUAUUCCGAAAUUCUUCUAAUACGCCACUUGUGAGAAAAGAAAAUUUGCCUCUGAGUCCUAAUACAAAUAAUGCUAGCAAUGGGCAAAAACACUUGGAAAAUGACAAACCACUUGGUAACUUUAACAAUGGGCAGCAACUGGGAUUUUCUUUUGGAGAACCAAAAGUAAUUGUUGAAGUACCCUCUCGAGAUGGAAAUGCCAGCAGAACAAGUGAGUUCGAAUCUGUGACUAAAGAUGUUAAUGGGAAAACUACUUUUUCAGAUGAACGCCAAGUGGGCAGAGGGAAAAGAGGCAGAGGGAACUUGAUUACUGAAGUAGGUGAUUCACUUGUAGAUCUGGCCCAGAAUAAGAAACCAAGAGCAGAAGAAAGAAUGGCCAAAAAUACUUCAGAUCUGGCCACUACCUACCGUGUGCUUUCCACCCAGUCAGAUAUAUCUGAGAUCCAGCAGGUGUCAGUGCCUUCAAAUCAUAAACAAGGGAAAACCGAAGAAGCUCGUGUAGUAGUGGUUGACAAGGUUAUUCAUGUUACAGAAGUGACUUCUGAGAAAGUUGAUGCUCUCAUCAUCCCCAAUAAAGAAUUAGGAGAUAAUUUGCAGAGUACAGAAGUGACUUCUGAUAAAGUUGAUGCUCUCAUCAUCCCCAAUAAAGAAUUAGGAGAUAAUUUGCAGAGUCCUACAUUGAGAGUGUGUCAAUAUAAUCUUCACAACGAAACAAUAGAUCAGUCAAAUUCUAAAACUAAAUCUGAAGAAAUUUUACCUUGUGGUUCUAGUGUAUUGGAAAACACAGAAGGAAUAUGCAAAGAAAACAACGAACGUGUUUCUUUCUGAACACUGUUAGGGACUAUGGAUGUGGGCAUUGGUACUGAAAAAUUAGUUGGUCGAGACAUUAAAUAUAUAUUAGGAGUGUGUGAGGCGUGUCAAUAUUAAACCAUGUCUAGCUGAUUUCAUUUGUUGGUGUGUUGGAGCUGGUUAUUUUUGUAUAGAUAAUUGAUGUUUGCUUUGUAUAUACACCUCAUGGAUGCAGUUUCAAGUUGCAAAUUGCAAUUAGGAUGAGGGUAGAGUACUGAUAUAAUGUUUCAUGAAAUCAAGUUGUUUGGUACUUCAAAAAGAAUGAAGAGAGAUAGUUAGAUACAAACAUAUUGGUUUUCUGAUUUGAUGAGUUCUUUUUCAAUGCUAUUUUUUUGUUGCUUUCAAAUCCAGAUUUGUUUAACACAGUGCUGGAUGUCAUUGUGUAGACAAUGAUAUAGUAAUUUUGCGUCUCCGAACACAUUGUGAUCGGAAUCACAAGUGUUUGAUUGUUUUUCGUAGAGUCAA